AUGAAGCGUGACCUACCCGAGCUCGAUAAGCAACUCUGCGGCGUCUGCGGCUCUACAGAGCGGUGGUUCCUCCACUACGUCCGCCACAGAGGAAUUUAUCGUAAGCUCUGCACCAACUGCGUCCUCAAGAACAACCCAGGCCUCCUCUGCCCUAUCUGCCUCGACUUCUACGAGCACCCCCUUCCAGUACGUAACCAGGUCAUGUGCGUCAGGUGCCCUUCCAUCUCUCACUCUGCAUGCGUCGCAGCCAAUUCCUCCUUCCGCAACUUCCAGUGCCCUCCCUGCUCCCAACCCACAUUCUCCUUCUUUAACCUCAGCCGCCAAAACGACUGCCAAGAAGCCAAAACAACAAUCGUGAUCGACAAGGACGCCGCCAAGGCCCUCUUCGCGGCCGCCAGGAUCGCAGAGGCUGUGAUGACUGAAGCUGCCGUCGUCGCCAGGGGCACGGCCGAGAGCCAGGUCAAUGACGCCAUCAAGGCGAAAAAGAAGGCCAGAGAGGCCUUGGAAUGA